AUGGAGUCUACCCACCAUAUAUCGGCAUCAUCGAAAAUGCUUCUCAGUAAAGUGCGCAAGAUUGUUCCCCCAAUGCUCGAAAAAUUCCACAAAGGGCAACUUGGUCGUGUAGCCGUUGUUGGGGGAUGCGCUGACUACACCGGCGCUCCAUACUUCUCAGCCAUGGCCUCUGCAAGACUUGGCUGUGACAUGAGCCACGUCCUCUGUGAACGAUCUGCAGGACCGGUCAUCAAGGGAUAUUCCCCCAAUUUAAUGGUACAUCCACUACUGCCAAGCAGCGAGACAGUCAAGGAUCCCAAGUCAAUCGAUGCUCCAUCACUGGCAGGUCCGAUUAUCGGGAUGCUCUCUCGUCUGCACGCACUUGUGAUAGGGCCAGGUCUUGGCCGCGACAGUGUGACGCUCAAGGUCGUCGCGGAAGUUAUUCGAGAGGCCCGGUCAAGGUCGAUCCCAUUUGUGCUGGACGCCGAUGGACUGCUAAUCGUAACGGAAGACCCAGACCUGGUCAAGGGAUACAAGAACUGUAUUCUCACGCCUAACGUGGUUGAAUUCGGGCGCCUAGCUAAAGCCCUUGGCAUCGAGGUAACCAGUCCUGCUGAGAUUGCGCAAAGCGGCGGCAACGAAGCCAUUGAAAAGGAAUCAGAAGCCUGUGAGAAGCUUUCUCGGGCUCUGGGUGGUGUGACGAUAAUUCAAAAGGGUCCUCACGAUUUUAUCUCCAACGGGAUUACCAGUAUCAUUUCCGAUAUCAAGGGAGGCUUGAAGCGCAGCGGUGGUCAGGGAGAUACCCUGACGGGGUCGCUGGGAACCUUCCUCGCUUGGCGAGCGGCUUACCACGACAAAAUGUGGGACUCGGGUGAAAAGGAUAACGAGAAGGAGGCGCAGAGCAAGGACGAAGUUCAGGCAGAGCUCGUUUCUGAGGGCAAGCGCAUGUCUCCGGCGACGAGCUUGCUGCUGGCUGCUUGGGCAGGAAGUAGUAUUACGAGAGAGUGCUCUCGGCGGGCCUUUGAGGCCAAGGGGCGGAGUAUGCAAGCUAGCGACCUGACUGAUGAAGUACAUGGGGCCUUUUUGAGGCUGGUUGGAGAGCCCGAGGAAACUAAGACACAUCUCUAG